CUCAUUUGGACAUCCCGAACCCCAGAUAUCUCGGCCCUGCAAUUACACCUGGAGCCAUUUACAUGGCCUCAUCCUAUCAAAAUAAACAGCGAAUUAUCUGUUGUAAAGGAAACUUAGUGAAAGAAUCAAGCAAUGAUCAACAGGGUGCAAUCAACAGCCGCAGGUCUCCUUCCCACAACAUGGACCCUGUUUCACCAACAGCAAACAUGACUAGCAGCCCUAACAAGCGGGGUCUUCCCUCCUACAAUGAGCACAUGUCAAAGAAACUGGCACCUGGCCCCAGAGAAAGUUCACCUCAGGAUUUGAACAGAUCUGUCAGGUACAGAGAAGGUAGACAGGAGGUGAGAAGAGACAAAUCACCACGAAGGGGCUUGGAGAGGGAGAAAUCUCCAGGCAGACCUUUGGACCCUAGUAGGGAGAGGUCGCCAGGAAGAAUGUUGGAUGAAAACAGAGGGGCUGGUAUCCGUUUACCUGCAGGAUCGUCAAGGGCCCCAGUUACCAAGACCUGGGACCAGUCAGCUGUGUGAGUCCAGUGGUAUCUUACAGAUGAAGAGGUGUGUAUUGCACAUGUCAAUUCCACUCUUUCAACAUUUGGGAGAAUGGCUUUCAGACUAUGGAGAUCCACAGGACAAACUAAAACUACGCACGUUUGUUUGCUUUAGUCACUAAGGGAAACGCGGGAGGGUGGGUGGGGGAGCAAUGUAAUAUUAAACUGCUGCUCGCGAGCUACCUUAAGGCUGGCUAUCAGGAAUGUGGAUGAUCACCUGUUUUUAUACGGAAGCUGAUUCAUCUAUUUGUGGGUGAAGGACAUGAACGAUUAAAUGCACAAACUGGGAGAGAAUUCCCUACAUAUGUGAUACUCAAUUGACAGCGGCACCUUCUAAUCCUCUCCAGUGAAGGUUUGGCUGGACUUCUUGGGUAUAGAUGGAGGAUCGAGAUGCAGGUUUGAUCCAGCAAUGCAGAUUGGGUUACUUAAUUGUACACAGUUCAUUACUUGAAUUUUAUACAAUGGUCAUGAAGGGAAUUUGAACAUGGAAUCGCAGCAGGACUGAAUAUAUAUUUUGUAAUAACCUAUAGCUUUUUGCUAUUUAACCUUUUUCUCUGUCCUGCACUUCUGCUUUGUCCUGGAUGUACAGACAUUCAUUCAAAUACAAUUUACUGUAGAUUUUUGUACUAUGUUUCAUUGAUCUGUACUGAAAAUUUCCCAGUUCUGAAGUGCAUUCCUAAUUUUGUGAUAUGACUGUUUUUUUUCUUUGUACCCUGUCAUUUGUGAAUAUGCAAUGUGUGAAAUGAGAUUUUUUGAGUCACAUUUGUGGUGACUCAUUUUCCAUAAAAGUGCUUAAUUAAAUUCUACACUAAUUUACGUA